GCGCGCGUGCUUUGCUAGCUAGCCAUGGCUGCAGCUAAGAAGCCUUUGGAGUUCCAUGCCAAGAGGCCCUGGGGCCCGGAAGAGACGGUAGAAGAUCCAGACGAGGACGAAGAGGAUGACAACGAUGAAGACGAGAGUGGGUUCUCCCUGGAAGAAGUGUUACGGCUCGGAGGCACCAAGCAAGAUUACCUUAUGCUGGCUGCUUUGGAUGAGAAUGAGGAAUUGGUAGAUGGAGGCAAAAAAGGAGCAAUUGAUGAUCUUCAGCAAGGUGAAUUGGAAGCAUUUAUUAAAAAUCUUAGUUUGGCCAAGUAUGCAAAAACUUUCUUAAUUGAAGAAGAUGGUCAACCAUCUAAAAAAGAAAGUACCAAUAAAAAAGAAGCAAAUGGAUCUAAUGUAGAUAAUAAAAAGCAAAAUAUAGCAGAAAGUGAAAGGACAUCAAUCAGUAAAAUCAAAAGUAAGAAGAGACCGGAACAACUUCCUGAGAACAACAGCACCACAUCGAGAGUAAAGAAAGAUAAGCAACAGGACAUUUUUGAAUUUCUUGAGAGACAGACAUUGUUACUGAAACCUGGAGGCAAAUGGUAUGAUCUGGAAUAUAGCAAUGAAUAUUCUUUGGAACCCCAGCCUCGGGAUGUUGUUUCAGAGUAUAAAACCUUGGCUCAGAAGUUGUAUGAACAUGAAAUUAACUUAUUCAAAAGUAAGACAAGUAAUCAAAAGGGAGGCUCUUCUACCUGGAUGAAGGCAAUAGUGUCAUCGGGGACGCUAGCUGACAGGAUGGCUGCCAUGAUUCUUCUUAUUCAGGAUGAUGCUGUUCACACACUCCAGUUUGUAGAAACUCUCUUGAACCUCGUUAAAAAGAAGGGCAGCAAACAGCAGUGCCUCAUGGCUCUGGAUACUUUCAAAGAGUUACUCAUUACAGACCUUUUGCCAGACAGUCGAAAGCUCCGUAUUUUUAGCCAGCAGCCUUUCCACAAACUCGAAGAGUUGUCCAGUGGCAACAAGGACUCAAGAGAUAGAAGACUGAUGAUAUGGUAUUUUGAACACCAGCUGAAACACUUAGUGGCUGAAUUUGUGCACAUCUUGGAAACAUUGAGUCAUGACUCAUUAGUCACCACUAAAACUCGGGCGCUUGUGGUGGCUCAUGAGCUUCUUUGUAACAAACCCGAGGAAGAAAAGGCUCUUCUUGUGCAGGUGGUGAAUAAACUGGGAGAUCCUCAGAACAGAAUAGCCACCAAAGCCUCCCAUCUGUUAGAGACAUUACUUUCUAAGCAUCCCAAUAUGAAAGGAGUUGUAUGUAGUGAAGUAGAAAGGCUACUGUUUCGCACAAAUAUCAGCCCCAAAGCUCAGUAUUACGCAAUUUGCUUUUUAAAUCAAAUGACCCUCUCCCAUGAAGAAAGUGAAUUGGCUAACAAAUUAAUAACUCUUUAUUUUUGUUUUUUUCGGACUUGUAUCAAGAAAAAAGAUAUUGAGUCAAAAAUGCUCAGUGCACUUUUAACAGGAGUAAAUAGGGCAUACCCUUACUCCCAGACUGGUGAUGACAAAGUAAGGGAGCAACUUGACACUCUGUUUAAAUUGUUGUAUAUUGUAAAUUUCAAUACAAGUGUGCAGGCUUUAAUGUUGCUCUUCCAAGUAAUGAAUUCUCAACAGACAAUAUCAGAUCGAUACUAUGCAGCAUUAUACAGGAAGAUGUUGGAUCCAGGAUUGUUAUCAUGUUCCAAGCAAGCCAUGUUUCUUAACCUUGUGUACAAGUCUCUGAAAGCUGACAUCGUGUUGCGCCGGGUAAAGGCUUUUCUGAAAAGGUUACUUCAAGUGACUUGUGAACACAUGCCACCAUUCAUAUGUGGAGCUUUAUAUCUUGUUUCUGAGAUCCUUAAGGCAAAACCAACUUUAAGAAGUCAACUAGAUGAUCAUCAGGAGACUGAUGAUGAAGAAAAUUUUGUCGACGUAGGAGAUGAUGAAGACAUAGACAAAAUCGCUGAUGCAGACAAAGACAGAGACAUAGUCAAAAGAGUUGACACAGAGAAAACUGUGUCUGAAAGUAAAGAAGAAACUAAAACACCGGAGACUGCUUCCUGGGUACACUUUAAUAAUCUGAAAGGUGGCAAACAGUCAAAUACAUAUGAUCCAUUCAGUAGAAACCCAUUGUUCUGUGGAGCUGAGCACACAAGUCUUUGGGAACUCAAAAAGCUAUCUGAGCAUUUUCAUCCCUCCGUGGCCCUUUUCGCAAAGACUAUCCUUCAGGGAAAUUAUAUUCAGUAUUCAGGGGACCCACUGCAGGAUUUCACACUAAUGAGAUUCUUGGAUCGAUUUGUGUACCGAAAUCCAAAGCCACAUAAAGGCAAAGAAAACACAGACAGUGUUGUGAUGCAGCCAAAAAGGAAACAUUUUAUAAAGAAUGUUCGUAGUCUUGCUGUGAACAGUAAGGAAUUCCUUGCAAAAGAAGAAAGCCAGAUACCAGUGGAUGAAGUGUUUUUCCACAGGUAUUAUAAAAAACUUGCUAUUGUUAAAGAGAAACAAAAACGGCAUACAGAUGAAGAAAGUAUAGAAGAUGUAGAUGAUGAUGAAUUUGAAAAUAUGAUUGACACAUUUGAAGAUGAUAAUUGUUUCACCUCUGGAAAGGAUGACCUUGAUUUUGCUGGCAAUGUAAAAAAGAAAACAAAAGGAGCUAAGGGUAACCCAGAAGAUGAAGAUUCAGGAGGUAGUGAUGACGACUUCGAUAACCUGGAUGAUGACGAAGUUUCUUUAGGAAGUAUGAAUGAAGAAUUUGCUGAAAUUGAUGAAGAUGGAGGAACAUUCAUGGAUGUAUUAGAUGAUGAAAGUGAAGGUGUUCCAGAACUUGAUGAAGAAGACCACACCAAAGUCAGUACCAAGAGACAAAAGAGAAAAGGUGUCGAUGAUUUUGAUUUUGCUGGGUCAUUUCAAGGACCAAGGCAAAAAAAGAAAGGAAAUGUCAAUGACUCCAGCCUAUUUGUAUCUGCUGAAGAGUUUGGACACCUAUUGGAUGAAAAUAUGGGAUCUAAGUUUGAUCACAUUGGCAUGAAUGCCAUGGCUAACAGAGACAACGCAAGUCUCAAACAGCUCAAAUGGGAGGCUGAACGUGACGACUGGGUACACAACAGAGAUGUGAAAAGUAUCAUCAAGAAAAAGAAAAAGUUCAAAAACAAGAAGCUGAGAAUGAGUCAGAAAACUAAAAAGCAAAGAAAAUAGUGUUUUUAAAUUAAUUAUGAAUUAAAAUUGUACUUACUCUUAAUUUUUUGCUAUUUAACCAUUUUUCUUGAUCUUGUGCUCUGAUUCCAUGCAUUCCAGAUUGUUCAAUGGAUUUGUAAUAAACUAUUAA